AUCGAAAAAUAUGGCGUCAGGAUUACCGAGCGCUCGUCAGAGGAAGCUUGGACCAGCGCCGAUAGCAUCCUUCGAAGACCUGUCCGACGAGGUGGAAAACGGUGACCUGUGUCCACAACCAACCAACUACCAACUACCCACCACCAGCCACCAACCACCACACCCCAGUGACUGUCAUCCGAGCGACAAAACCAGCCUUACGAAUUUGAAUGCAGGGGGAACCGGCUGCGCGAAUGCCAGGCAUCGUCGAGGUCACCACACCGGCAACGCCUGGCAGUUCGCUAAAGACACCCAGCACACCGAGAAUAGACAUCAGCCGGGCCAGCAGUUCCUCUCAUCAUGAGGACAGUAACUCCAGGGACUCGACGCCGGAGAGGGAGCUCCUCGCAGGGGGAGAACCUCCAGCUGGGUGCAAAUUGACUCUGGGUUACAAAGAGGACGCUCAGGAUCUGAGAUCGUCAACGGAAGAGCUAGACUUGCAAGAUCCCAUCCACGAGCAAGAUCUCAGAAGAGAGUCGAAGAAGCUGGCCAAGAGACGAAAGGAGGAUGGCUCGCUGUCGGACUACAGUGGCAAGCAGUUGGACAGAGAGCGGAAGGACAGCAACUGUUCCGAGAUCGUCCUGCUGAACAUCAGUGGCAGGACGUCGAGACUGUCAUCGGUGGGUAGCCAAGGUUCUGGAGCCUCUGGGAAACUCUCCGUCGUUUCGGCUACUUCGUCCAGGUCGCCGAGUCCGCACAAAUGUUUACUGGAGACGUCGUUCUGCGGGAGCAAGCCAACCCUGGCUGACAACCUGAUCGAGCCGUCGAAGCCAGAGACUGACGACCUGGAGAAGAUUCUGCUGAAGCGGGAAGCGGACACCACCAAAGCCCUGAUUCCAGAGAGCAUAAAAGUCUCCAUGGUCGACGGAAAUCUGAAACCUGAUCCCCUGGACAAGCCGCGGAGGCGUGGUCGCGAGGAGAGGAAAGAAAUUUUCAAGAGAGAGGUGGAGAUCACGAAGAGAUUCUUGGAGAAGGUUAACAUAGAGGUACCUAUUCUGAGGAAGCCAGUGGACGCGCAAAGUUCAGCGACGACGCCGGAAGAACGGGUCAGAUCUCUGAUACAAGAGGUUCAGAAGCCGGCGAGUCUGGACUUCAACGACAAGAGAAAGAAGACGCAGAAUUUCAAAGAGAUAGUGCAAACCACUCCAACGUCUAGCAGCGUAACCGGAAGCCCGAAAUUGCCCAGGCAUCAGAAAGUGCGCGACCUGGAGGGCUCUCGAACGCCCAGUCCCUCUUCCGUUUCUCGAAAAAGCAGCUUCGCGUCCCUGUUCAAGGCUCGUACAGACAGCAGUGUGUUGAGCCCAGAAUCACCGUCGCCCAACGCGAAACCACGGCGUAGCCUGACCUCGAAGAUAAAGGACACCACGGAGAGCUUGCGCAGCAGGUCGAAGUCCCGCGAGAGGGUUUCCGCGGACAGCAGUAGAGCGUCCAGUUUGAAAAAGGACUCGAAGAACAAGGGUGUGUUCUCGUCGACGUUGAGUCUGUUCAAGAAACGCGAAAGAAAGAAGAGCUACGACGAGGCGAUCGCAGCCGCCAGCGGGACCAUCGAUCUGGCCGACUCUGGCGAGCAUCCGUCCCUGGAGAGCAUCGGUAACGUGGAGUUCCGGUUCAACGCCGACAAAGAGAGCCGCCAGGACGACUCCAUCUUCAUAAGCCUCCACGCGGACGACAGGAACUACGAGGAGGCUCUGCCAUCGGAGAGCGUCUCGAUCCCGUUGGAAACGCCGACGAAGCUGCUAGACGAAUACGAAUCGGAGCCUUGCACCGGGAGCAUAGUCACGGAGGUCUCGAUCGAGCAUCACCCAGUCCCGUCGAAGAUCAAAACCGAGGCUCAGAUCGAGACCACCUCCAGAGCCUACUCGCGGGACAGCCAGAUCUCGCAAAGCCUGUCGAAGGAAUCGGAGAUUUCGAAGAGUUCCUCGAAGGACUCGAAGCUCGGUGGUCACGGUAGGGUAGCCGAGGGCUCCGUAAGGCCUUCGUCCUCGUCGUCUCUCGACAGCAAGCCUCCGGAGCACAGAGUAUCCAGCAGCUCCUCGAAAGAUUCGAUCGGGAAAAAGGAAGUGACGAAACCGAAGAGGAAGAGCAAAGAAGUGCAACAGAUAGAGCCACCGGAGAGAAUAGACGAGGAUGGACAGCGACAGAGACAGACCAAGGAACAGGCUCAGAAUCGAGACAUCAGGAAGUCCGAGUUACUGGACGACGGGCUCAGGCCCGAGGACGGUCUCGCAAAAGCGCCUAGCGUGAUCUCCGAUCUGGAUCACAACAGCUCGGAGUCGGAGAGGGACUCCGAGAUCGAGUUCAUCAGGAACAAGGUCGAGAAACUCGCCCAGGAGUUGCCCGACGAGAGGAAGGGCCUGUUCUACGAGGAGAGCUUCGAGGAGGAUCUUCCCUACGUACCAACGACUUUACCCUUAGAGAAAAGCGUGGCUAUGCCGAUCCUGCCUGUGAAACAACGACUUCAGGAAGUAAGAACGAUACCCACCGAGAGGCCGCGGUCCACGACACCCAUAAAUCCCACCCUCCUCGACGAGUUCGUGAUGCAGACGUCCCUGGACGAGCGUCGCAUCGAGAAGAUGAAGAUAUCCCUGCCGCGCGAGGACAGCCGAAAACUGAAGAGCCCGCGGAAGCACGCGGCGAACACCUUCUCGGAGUUCGCGGGCAAAGUGCCCGACGGGGGUCGAAAGGGCGCGGGGAAGUCCCCGAGUCCUCCGCCACUGCCACCGAGGGCCCCGGCCAGGCCAACCAACUGGAUCAACUUUGAGGAGAUCCCGGAGAAGAGGAAAGCACCGAAGAAGAUCCAGACCAUCCCGAAGGCCGAUGACGAACCGAAGUCCGGCGGGUACAGCUACGUGCAACCAGAAGAAUGCAGUUUAGCGCGCACUACAAGUCUGCAAAGUUAUCGAACCACCUUUCAAAAACACCCCGCAUACACGUAUGCUCUUACGGCGAUCAACAGGUGCGAGUGCCACGAGGAGUCGCGAAGGGCGACGAUGAGAGAGGCAGCCGCGACGACGAGAACGUCAUCCUCUUGCAGCAGCAACGGCGAGCGAUCGUGCAACGGUGACAAUUGCACGGUGCCGGGUACGGGUUCCGUGGAUCGUGCCAGCAUCGUCAGUGACAGCUCGCUGGAGUGUAGCCUGAGCAUCGAGGAGGGCACGCAAACCCUUCUCGCAGACUCCUCGUCGAAACCGUUCGGCAUGGACCUCGACGUCCGGUCGAACAGGUCCAGCAUCGUGUCGCAGGACGAGUCCGACGAGAUCCAGCACCAAUAAUAGUUUCACGGCACGCCUCCUCGCCUUAUUCUCCUUACCGGAUUCUCCUCCUCGUUCGAAUUACCCUCACAGAAUUCUCGUUGCUCCCUCUAGUGGUGUUCAGUGUUGCUGGACAACGAACGAACUCCGCUCUUCUUUGCGCCCCGCGAUGUUUUCUUUCUCUAAAGCAGUGUUUCGUACCGACGAUAUUGGGGAGCGUACGUCAGUGGCGGGUCUAAUGCGAAGCUCACGGAGUUUAGUCUGCAAACGGUGUCCAUCGGUGUGGGAGGUAUUGAAAAGGUAAAGUUAUCUGUGUGCUCUGCAGCGCGUGUUAUCACUGAGAAUUUAUCGGUGAGACCAUGUGACAGUAUAUGGGGCAUUCGUUUCAUCCUGGAGGAAAGGCAUCGAAAGUAGUAUCGUUGGUGUUCCCAGACUCCCUCCAUUGCACACGUAGCAGAACACCGUGGAGGUUUUAGGUCUUUCGAAGAUCUCCCUCACGAAAAAAAAAAAAUAUUCACGACAACCUACUACCAUGAUAUAAUAGCUCACAGAUACUACACUUGACGCAAGUUAGGCGAAACACCCUGUAUACCAUUCGUCACGCUGCGACGAAUGACGGUAGAGAAUUUCAGUGGACUCGUAAGUCUUAAAGGGGCACUGAUCCAUUGCAUUUUAGAGAGGUAAAACCUAAAUAAUAUCUUAGGUUUCAAGACGCCGUUUAAGGAUUAAACUUCGCGGAAGGCUUAGGACGACCCCCCUGAGACCUGGUAAUAAGUAUAAACAAAAAUGAUUAGUGACUUCUUUAUUAGAGUCCUCUUAUAAAUCUAUUCAAUAAUAUAGAAAUAAUUACUAAUUUUGAUGGUAUCUUUCUAGUGUCUUGCGUUGUUGUUCGAAUAUUUGAAAUUCAAAGUAAACGCUUUUGUGUUGAUUUCGUUAACGAUUUUGAAGGAUGCUAAGUAACAAUAUAGGAAAUAUAUGUGGUUGAUAAAUAAAUACAGUAUUCGCGAACAAUGUGUUUAGAAGGAUGACACGGAAAGAGUAGCUCGAGGUCCUCAGAAAUAUAUCUAGAUCCGUCACUGAUGACUAUACACACUUUCAAGUUUGGUGAUCGAGCAGAUCACUGUGGCUCGCUCGUCCUUUCAACGUGGUAUAGCCGAUGGUUACAUUCUAUCCUCUUCCUUUUAUAAACUAGAUGCCGAAAAAUUUAUGUUCUGUUACGGCAUAAUGAUCAAACAAAAAUAAACGAAUGUAAGUGUGACAAGUGUACCAAGGAGUAGGGAUCGAUGAAGACGGAGUUGUUUGUUGUUCAGCUCGCACAAAGGAGUGUCAUAUAGGAUCCAGUGAUGCCAAGUAUGCUUCCCAUUCGUACAUACGCGUCGGUCACACCUGAGUGCGCAAUACUGUAGCUGUAGGAAACGACGCGUGGUUCCAAUUCUUUUGUAAUUCUAUUUUUCUUUGAGGUGACGAAGGGUGCCAGUUUCACGAACGUAUUAAAUACUUUAUUGGCGCUUCAGACGCUGCAGCGGGAAACAUUUCUGGGAUCACUGUAUAGGUCACGUAUGCCACGCGAGAUCUGUAAUUUUUCUCGUCUUUUCUCAUCGUUGGCAGCAAUGGUAAGCAGUCGUUUGUGUUUUCCUGAAAUCUCGACUAAUUAAAAUAAAACCGUCAUUACCAACGUAACGAAUGAGCGGAACAGUCGAAAUAAUUUUCACGAGUGGAGCUUCGCAACUGCAGCUUCUAAAGACCCUCUAAAAAAUUUACGAGGUAACGUUGGGUCGGGUCGUGUCCAUUUUUCAGCCAUUUCCACGAAAUUCGAUUUGAGAAGCAUAGAAUGUUUUAGUGCUCGAAUAUAUUUAAUGCUAGAAAUUUCAGUCAGAUUUUUCGACUAAAAUUUGAAAAAGUCAUAACUCUCACUGGGAUAAAUGGCUUCGAAUGAUUAAUACGAUAAACUGCGUGCCGUUAGGUGAAGAAUUUUUAAAAAAUAUGAAACUAUCCAAAGGGUCUAUUUUUUAGAACUUUUGGUCGGAAAAAUGUACAAAAAGUUGCCUAAUCUUUACAAAUUCGUAGCUCAUUCAAUAACGAAUAUGUUGGAUUGAAACUUUUUUUCAUUGUAAAUCUCAUGGAACCCUACGACAAACAUACAGAAAAAGCUUUUCCCUAAAGUGAAAACCAAAUUUUUGAAAAAUGAAAGAUUGAUUUUUUUAAGAAUUCGUUAGGAUACCAAUUGCCGAAUUUUCCUCGUUAGCUGAAAAAUGACGACAUCCAAUCAUAAUCGAGCAACGUUCUUUCGUGACUCGUACCAGAGGAUUUCCACAGUUUCAUGAAAACGCGAACGACACGGACGGUCCGUUACCUUUUCGCUAGUCGUCUAUCAAACACUUGUAAAUACGUACCUUGUAAUAGUCGAAUAUCGGCAUUCUCGCGUGAUUUUAUUCUAAGGGCGUACCAUACCUUCCUACGAGAACCCCCGUUCGUUUCCUCGUUACUUAGAGUCUCACGUUACCUAUAACGGACAAAAGCAUGCCUGUUGGUAUGCGUACGUUGACCAAAUGCUUCCUUACGAUAGCGAACGUAAUCAUGUGAUUUCGCACGGGUUUCGAUCGCGGACGGUGGCUCGUGGCCAACGCAAUCAUCGACGCUUCAUAUCAUGUAGAUAGACCUAGAUCUGUAAGUGUUUCCGCCGCGGUAUAGAGGGAUACAAACGCGAGGAGAAAUUUAUCAAAUUGUUGAAACCGAGCGAUUGAUAUCGGCGUACCAUCGCUCGGACGUUCCAGCCAGGCUGUAACAUAAACGGUUAGAAAGAAACGGAAAGGAGACGAUGUUUCGAGUACUGUACCGAGCUGGAAAGAAGGCUAGCGGGAGGAAUCGGAAUAGGGAUCGGCAGCAUGGCGAUAUAGUCACGCCUCUCUACGCGUCGUUGUAGCAUAUUAUUUUUCGAAAUGGUCGUAUUUAAAUAACAAAGAAAAGAAAUACACGCGUAGAAACAAAGUAAAAUGAUGCGAUGCGAACAGUGUCAACGCGUAAAACAAAUUAUUGAAUAUAGGGGGCAAUAGGGGGGCUACGAGAACGUGAACGGUGGCUAAUCUGCUUUCCAGCUCGAUAUAGUGUAUCGAUCGAAUCGCUUCCGUAUCUGUUGAAAAGGCUAGCAAAGAAUUAUCAUUGAGAGAACGUGGAUAAAAACGAAUGCAAACGGUAUGGAACAGAUUGUUCGCAAACAUUGUUCACGCGUUUCUAGAUAGACUGUUCUAUCGGUAAGGGUAAUGUGUAAAUGAGUAUGUGCACGUGUGUGUGUGUAUGUGUGGAGAGGUGUGUUCACAGCACCCUGUGGUGCACUUCAUAUCCAUGGAAUUCGCAUUUUUUCCUAACGACUUAGCAUUUCUCUUUGUUCUCUCCCGAGGACCAUCUCAGUCUUUGUCGGAAACGAGCCACCGUUCGACGAACGUUAGAGGACGACGAAAAACGAAACGUGGAAGCGUCGGUUAGUUAGCGAGCUUAGGCGUACAAGAAUGAAUCAAACGACCACGAAUUAUCAGAAUCAUUGUUAUUUUGCGCGUCGUUGAAAGGUAGAUGCGACACCACAUCGCUAUCCGAAUUGUCUUUCAACGUAAUGGUGAACCUCGGUUGCCCAACAGUUUCGAAUCAUUGUCGUUUCAUUUCUAUGAUUUCGAUGAUACAGGCGGCAAACCCUCGAGUGGCAAAGAAAGGACUAAACAAGAAACAAGAAACUUGCUUUUCGACUCGUUUCCAAAACGUUUCCAACCUUUUUCCCCCCACACCCUCCCUUUGAAGAGAAAUAUUCUGCUUUGUGGAAGUCGAAUCGAAGAAAGUACAAGAUAGUAGAGGUAAUCGUAUAAUUAUCAGAUGCUCGGCGAUCGAUAGGGAUCUUUUUAAUUUAGCUGUGCAAACGGUUAACGAUAAUUAGCUUCACGGUUUAGAGCAGGCAUGCCCAACGCGUUGCUCGCGCAAGCCAUGAUACAUCGGGACAGAUAAUCGCCGACGUCCACGAAGCCACGGCUCUGUGGACACAAGCCACUCCUCCGCGUGUAACAUCCCAUUGAUGAAGUACGUAACGAAUGAACGCAACGUGUUUUAGAAUUUUCCUAACGCAUUCGUAAAGUAAAUAACAUAGAAUGAAUGCAAUGAAACAAAAGCAUUCGAAAGCUAAUGUAAUGGAAGCUUCCAAACUGUCAGUUCGAAAUUUUUAAACCCAGCAUUUUAUAUAUAAUAUAUAUGUAUAUUCAACCAUGAUCACUAAGUUACUUGCUUGAUUUUAUUCACUCGUACGAGUCGUCGGUAUCAUUGUAAAUAUCAGAUAGAACAUCGGCAUAUACACUCUAGUUACUCCUAGAUACUUUCAUUCUAGUAUAUUUUAGAAUUGUAAAUUUGUACGAAUUGAAAAUCGUGUUAACGUUAUGUGAAUUUGUAUCCGUGGACUAAAUACUGUUUUACGAAAGUGUUGCACUAAGGCUCGGGUCACUUUCCUACACCGAUCGACUGUUGUAAGUCGAGACGAGACUAAGGGGACGCUAGGAAUAUUCUUAUAAAAAUAUAGACACAGGUAGCAUACCGAAUGCACGAUGUGAGAUUUAACCUAGUACAAGUGUAUAAAUGAAGGGGGCGGUGAUAUAACGGGUAGAAUUGUCAAAUCAUUCAUAUGUACACCUGGUGCAAGAAUCUUGACCAUGUACUCGUUGUUCGUUUGCAUUUGUGCGUUAAAUUGAGCGAGUAAAAACGUAUAUUAAGCUGGCGUAGCCAUUUUAAAAGGCCAAUGCCAAAUAUACACGAUAUUUUUUUUGCUAUUUAUUUGCUAAUUAUUUGCCAUAGAAUUAAUUUUUUUGCUCCAGCCGUUUUCGAGAAACAAUGGCUAUGGUAGCGUAACGUUGAGCUAGCGUAGCCACUUAUUUAUCUCUGUACCUAACAAGGAUAUCGAUUCCAUUCUUGCAGCAUAUUUUUUUGCUAAUUAUUUGCUCUUAAUUCACCGAAUAUUAAUUUUUUUUGCUGCAGCCAUUUCGGAGAAACGAUGACCGCGCUAGGACAGCGUUAAUCUAGCAUAAUUAAGUGUCGCAGCUGCGUACCUAACAAAGAUAUCGAUACAUUAGUACGUAGCCGCGACACUUAGUUAUGCUAGAUUAACGCUGUCCUAGCGCAGUCAUCGUUUCUCCGAAAUGACUGCAGCAAAAAAAAAAAUUAAUAUUCGGUGAAUUAAGAGCAAAUAAUUAGCAAAAAAAUAUGCUGCAAGAAUAGAAUCGAUAUCCUUGUUUGGUACAGAGAUACAUAAGUGGCUACGCUAGCUCAACAUUACGCUAGCAUAGCCAUUGUUUCUCGAAAACGGCUGGAGCAAAAAAAUUAAUUCUUUGUUUUUUCUUAAUUAACAAAUAAGUAGCAAAAAAAUAUCGUGUUAAUUUGGCAUUGGCUUUUUGAAAUGGCUACGCCAGCUUAAUACACGUUGAGUAAAAAUCCUGGUAAAGAUCUCACAACCAGCGGCGGGAGCGAUGAAGAAUCUCACGCGCAUCAGCCUUGCGCAUCGCGCGCCUGGGAAGGGGACUUCCCCCACUACGCCAGCAACGCUCCGCGUGCCUGCGGCGCGGGGCAGUAGUGCUUCGGAUCUCGUGGGUGAAUGUUGGAGUCACGUGUUUGCAAACUUUCGAGCAAGUGAAUUUUUGGUGUACUUCAAAGACUAGCGGGUUGUUAUCGAGGUCGAGAGUGAAACAAUAGGAACUAUUACAUCACAUUCUGCUAACAAGGAACGUCACCCAAUAUUAACGCACUGAUCUUAAUCAAAGCUUGGUACAAGUGUAAAGCAUUGAAAAAUAUUUAUACACUUAUUUUUGUUAUAUUAGAAAUAUUUUAUUUGCAACUUCGAGGGUAGCUUUCACCUCUUGAAUACGAAUAUCUAUGAAUAUCUCUAUCUAUGUACCAAGUUUGAUCAAAAUCAACGUGUUGGGAAUGGAUGGUAUUUCUUGAAAGGAAAAUGUGAAAAAAUUGUACGAGGCAUUACUGCAGCGUGGACACGUGUUCUUUCACUUGGUGUACAGAGUCAAUAUGCCAAGCGUACAACGCUGCAUUCACAUUGCUUCGAACGAACCCUUCCUGUCGUGUCUUUGCUGGGAACAGUUGGGCAUGCCUGGCUUAGAGUAAUUGGCCAGCGAUGAUGGAUGCAAUUCCCAACGACGAUAAUGGCAUGGCUCCUCGUGAUUAAGUAAUGGUCUUAUUAAUGUCAAGAGCAAUCUUCAUCGCGUGCAGUGAACGAUUCCGUCAGGCUUAGGGCUCUUUCGCGCGUCUCCCACGCCGUUAAUCGACGGCUGACCUCAACCCCUACACGGGUUAAAAGAGUAAGCCUUCCUAGACGCGUGGAAGUCAUACGUAUAUUCAACAAUUUUUUUCUGAAACAAUUGAGUUAACUAAUUCAAAUAUUUAAAACAAAAAAUUAUUUAAUACAGCUGCAAUUGUCGCGCGUCCAAGGUGGCUUCUUCGCUUAAUUAGGUUUGCCGAUAAAACGCGAAUCAGCGAGACUAUCCGUGGCUCAAUCGUUGGAAUUAGCUUCGUCGGUGCUCUGGAAAUGUAAUUCCCUUAAAAGGGUAAACCAUUGAAGUCUUUGGGGAGCGAGAACCGCGUUCCUGAAUCGUUCGAAGUUCGCGUGGAUGUCGUAGUUUGCAACGCGUCGUAACGAUUUCUGCUCAAGAACGUUGGGUUUCGUCAACGUCGUCGUUUUCGCGACAGCACCAGCUGCGUGUAUAUUUACAUUCUGUGUUCGAAAUGGUGGAAUUAUUUAGUUCUGCUCUUUAAGCCGAUCGUUGCUCGGAUUACCGAAGGAUCGCGAGGACGAAAGUACUGUCUACAAUUUUUUGCGAUCGCGAGACUAUCGAUUUUCUGUCGGUGCACAGGAGUUCAUCGCGGUAUCUCUCAUAUACAGUGCCGUCUUAAGUUAUGCAAAAUUAUUCAAAAUUGAACACAUUUGUGGCGACACUGAUCCCUAAAAUUCGUCAUUGUCUAUGUCGACGUUCCUUCGACAAAAUUAUCGAUUGCAGCUUUUCGGAUUCUUUCUUUUUCGUAAUCUGUAAUACUUGAACAAAGUCAAUUUAAUUAAAUCAGUUAAGACGUUCCUGUGCAUACGCGUCUAGGAAUUGAGUAAUUGUUCUGCUUCCGUCUCUUCGUAUCAUUUUCCCCUUGGGCAAAGAGACCCUACUAGGCUAGUGCAGAGAUAAAUCAAGGAAUCACCAAGUGCUAACCGCGCGAUCAGCAGCUGGUUCGUUGGGAUUCGUCGAGUGAUCGAUGAGUUGUGUUUUUUUUUUUUCUUGGACGUUGGUGUUUAGCUCAGGCUCUUUACGGGACGUUGGAAAAAUUCGAAUGCGCGGAAUCGGGACACGUGACUUCUGGAGAUCGUCUGUCUGACGCAGACGAUACUUGUAUUCUCCGAAGAAGGUCCUCGUCGAGAGAUUAGACGCCCAGACGAAGGCAAAAGGAAGGGAAAAAAGGGGGAAGCAGUUUUCGAAAGUAAACUCCUCGAAUUCGUAAAAAUAUUCCUCCCUGUCCGCCCCAUCCAGCCUCCCCUAGCGUCCACGAUUAUUUUCUAAGAACGCUCGAUCGCUAAGAGGAGUCUAAAGAAUAUUUAAAUGUUUCUAAUGUUGUGUAAAUAAAAAAGAAAGCCGAGAGUGCAUAUCGCGAAAACGCUGUGAGAAACGGUGUGAGAGGGAGGGAGUGAAGUGGAGAGAGAAUAAAAAUGUUUGUGUUUUGA